AUGGCGCCCUCCAGCAUCACCCUGAACGUCCCUUACAUCAAAACCCUCCAUAAGAAGCCCUAUCCGGCCAUCUCGCCUUCGCGGCCAGAACUCAGCCAGGCAGGCCGAACUGUACUCGUCGUCGGAGGCUCAAGCGGCAUUGGAUUUGCCAUAGCCAAGGCCUUCAUCCAGGCCUCGGCAUCCCGCGUCAUCAUCACCGGCCGCCAACAGAACCGCUUGGACGAUGCCGUAUCUCGCCUCCGUGCCGAAAACGUCGCUGGAACCGUCAUCAACGCCCUGGUGACCGACAUGUCGGAUCUCGAGUCCACCGAGAAGCUGUGGAACGCCUUUCGGGACACCGGCGUCGUCAUUGACGUCCUCAUCCUCAAUGCCGCGGGGUUCGGGAAGGAAGGACCGAUUCUGCAAGCUGGGUUGGAGUCGACCUGGGCUGUCUUCGAAACCAACGUCAGGGGCCUGCUCGAUUAUGCCGUGCGCUUUCACCAGCAACCAGAGGGGAGGGGCGAGCCUAAGUUUCUCGUCAACCUGUCGAGCAGUGCUGCGCAUAACCUCACUACAGAUAACGCCUCUCCCACAUAUGGCCUCACUAAGAAUUCUGGGACCCUCUUGAUGCAGAUGAUCGCCCAUGGCACGGACCCCAAGGACAUGCAGAUCAUCAGCAUGCAUCCUGGAGGAGUCCUGACCGAUGCAGCCAGAAGCGCCGGCUAUGACGAGACAACCCUCGACUGGGAUGAUGAGAACCUUCCCGGCCAGUUUGCUGUGUGGUGUGCGAGCAAGGAAGCCCAGUUCCUCCACGGACGCUUCAUCCCCGUCUGGUGGGAUGUUGAUGAGAUCAAGACGGGCGAGGUUCGCAGGCGGAUUGAGUCCGAGUAUCAUUUCUUGAGAGUCGGGAUCGUCGGUUUGUAA